AUGGAAGUGAUUGGGGAGCUUCGCUUAGAAAUGAAAGCUCUCAUGGAAAAUCAGCUUAAGGAAUAUGAGAUACUAAGAAAUAGAUUUAUAAAUACUGAGACAGAAUUAAAAGAAUUAAGAAAAGAAAUGAAGGUACUUCAAGAAAAAGUAGAUAAAGUACAAAUAUUGGAAGCGAAAGUAGAUAGUAUAGUAAGAAAUGAUGAAAAAUUAGUGAGCAAUAUGAUUAGGGUAAGUCCAACAACUGAUAAAAAUGAGGAAGCUUAUUUACAAAAAAGGAACUCCUCAAUCAUUUGCAGCGGCAGCGAACCGAAACCAAAACCGGGUACUUAA